AUGACUCAGUUUAAUGCUCCACAAGUAAAAAACAUGGCUCAAAUAAAUGGCCCGGUUAUAUGGAAACCGCCUAGCAAUGAGAUUGUCAAAGUCAACUUUGAUGGGGUAACAGACACGAGAGAAAAGAAAGGGGGAGUGGAAGUUGUCAUAAGAGAUUGCACAGGUGAGGUGCUUGCAACAGCUUCCAUUACUAUGCCAGGCAUAAAUGACCCCUUCCAUGCAGAAGCCUAUUUAGCCACCCAAGCACUUAUGUUUGCAUCUAAUAUGGGGUUUAAGAGGAUAAUUCUAGAAGGAGAUGCUCUGGGAAUCAUUAAAACCCUUAAUUCAACAGGGCCAGAUUUAUCAACAAUUGAAGUAACCACAGAAGAAGCAAACGAAAAAAAGAACCAGUUUCACACUUGUCUCACUAUGCACACUCAGAGAAAGGGUAAUAUGAAAGCUCAUUUGCGUUAA